AUGGCGAGCAUGAUGGCCAUCUUCUUCGGGAUCGCUGGCGUGAUGAUGCGGCAAAAGCUUGCCUGCUGGCUGGCGCUUCUAUGUGCAGCACAAGCUCUGGCAAAUAUGAAAUAUGUGGAGCAUGAUCUAAAGCAAAUAAUUACAGCUCUCAGUUUCGCAGUUAUGGGCAUUGUGACGAAUUAUUUUGCACCAGUGCCAGUACACCCUGAUGCAUUAGCAGCAGGCCAACAAGGCGAGGCAUCUAAGGCUGGAAACGCGGUUGACAGCUCCGUGUCUGAAAACGGGGAGGGAGUACUCGAGGGAGAGGAAAAAGGGAAGGGGACGCUGGAAGGUGGUGAGGAAGGCGAUGUUGACGAUGCCAGUGCGGAGGUAGGCACUGAACCUGCCAGACGCGAAAGCAGCCACAAAGACAGACCCGAAGCGCCGGCAGAGGAGGAGGGAAAGAUGCGGCCAGCUGUUGACGCGAGGGUCGUCGAACUCGCUGUAACCGCAGUUGUAACAUUGCUGAAAGCUGCUGCUUUGGCGGAAUCUCCAAACGCACCGCUGGUUCAGAAACUGCUGGACGUCGGUGUGCGAGCAACGCUUCACGCAGAGAUUGGAAAGCCCUCUUCUGCAGAGAGUGUGUCCGCAGUAAAGAGUCUGUCCGCAGGGCUUGUUGGGGAACAAUUGUUGGCGCUGGUGGCUGGUGCAGUUGCUGUUCUGGAUGAGAUGGUGAAAAGAGAGGAGGGGCUAGAUGCGUUGAGUGAGAGAGAGGGGGCUUUGCAAGAGGUGUCGCAGGAGGAGGUGGGUGGAAAACGAGCUGAUGAAGAAAUCGCAGGAGGAGAGGGAGAAGGAAAACGCGCAGAAGUUGAGGUUCGGUUGGGGGUUGGUAAGGGUGGCGGUAGCAAGGAGAAGGAGAUUGCUGUUGUGGGAGGAGGGGGCGGGGCGAGAGCGGAGGUUCUGCACGUGCUGUUGUCGUUUCUGUCCCUUGUCCUGUCCGCCUGCAAGGGGGCGAGGCAGGGAAAGAGCGGAGUGAAGCUGGAGGAGGAAGGGGGUGGCGAGGAGGGAAAGGAGUCUGUGGUGGUGGUGGACUCAAAGGGGGAGUUGGAGGAGGAAGGGGAAAAGCUGGAGGAGAAAGGGGAAGGGGAAGGGUUGGAGGUGGUUGGGAGUGAUGUGAAGGGAACGGGAGGAGGUGAGGGAAAGGAGAAGGAAGAAGGCACGGCAAAGGAGGAGGAAGGAGGUGAGACGAAGGAGGGGGAAGGAGGAGAAGUGAAGGAGGAGGUGGAGGAAGACAAGGGAGGGAAGGGGAAGUCAGGGGCUGCCAGUGGGGAGCCAAUUGAGAGCAACGAAUCAGAGGCAAAAGCAUUGACUCUGCUAGGCGAGAGCAGUGGGAUGGAGCAGGAGGUUGGGUCCAAGAUGGGAGGUGAGGCGGAGAGGACGUCAGUAGGCGAACCCAGCUCGGUAGGUGAAGGAAGUGAAGCAGGUCAGGAUAGGCAGGGGACUGCGGCAGCGGUGGCUGCAGAGGCGUCAGAGGCACCGGCCCUCCUCCCCGCAGCACUGCCAGCAGAGCAAGCAGACUUAGGCAGGCCUCUGCGUCAGUACCCGGCUGGCUCCUUCCCCCUGCCCCCUGCUUCUGCUUUGGCUCCUGUCGCUGGCGAUGCUGCUGCAGCAGGCGCAGCAGGAGGAGAAGCAGGCGAAGCGGGCGCAGCAGGCUUAGAGAAUGUAGCAGGUGCAAGAGAUGCAGCAGAUGCGGCAGGCGUUGGGAUAGGGGGAGCAGGAGCAGCAGCUGGGCCGGCCUCGCUGUUGACAAUCAGUCUCGGGGGGAAGGUGGCUAUUGGGGCAGGGUCGACUGUGCGGUUGUGGGAGGCAGAGGAUAUAGUCCCUCGCACUGCUGCCAGCACAGGCGCAGAUCAUAGAGGGGAUAAUAACCACACUGCUGCCGCCGCCGCCGCCGCUGCCGCUGCUGAGCUGGCUCCAGUUGCUUCUGACGUGGCACCUGUAUCUUCAGUAGAGGAGGCAGCAGCACCGAUGGAGAUAGGGGAGGUGGACGUGGGGUACCCCGUGCACAUGCUGGCCUUCCACCCCACUGUCGACUCGCUGCUGGCAGUCGCAGGGACCAACCAGGUCGAGGUGCUAGUGCUGGACGAUGACUGCACGCUCGUCACUCGCUCCGCUGUGAACCUGCGUGCUGCUCUCCGCACGGCAAGGAAACACCGACGACCGCACAGGCAGCAGCAGGAGCAGGAGGAGCAGGAGGAGCAGGAGGACGGGGAGGCAGAGGCAGAGGAGGAGGAAGAGGAGGGGGAGGAGAAGGGUGAUGGUGAAGCAGAAGCGGAUGGGGCAGGCAAAGUAGUAAUCCCAGAAACAGAUCUGGCUAUAAAGAGGAUGUGCUGGUUACCCCUGGCAGGAGGCCCGUUUCUGGAGGCACGUCUGCUCGUGGCGACGCCCUCAGCAGCGCUCCUGUUUGCGGUGGCUGUGGGGUACGAUGCCCAGCUGGUUGCCACUUUCCAGCUCCCUGCGAGCCCACUCCCAGGAAGGCCCGAAAGAGGAGGAGAUUCACGGGUGCAGGGGGCGAAGGAGGACCAGAGGGAAGAGGGAGUGGAGGGGGAGAAGGGGGAGGAGGGGCGGAGAGGAGGGAAGUUGGGAGAGGAGAUUGUGGAUGUGUGUGUGGUGCAGAGGGAGGAGGAGGACGAAGAUGAAGAGAGAGAGGGGGACGAGGAUGGGGAUGAUGGGGAUGGGGAUGGGGAUGGGGAUGGGGAUGGGCAUGGCCAUGUGGAUGAUGAGGAAGGUCCCCGAAUGCAGCUGACAGUUCUCACCAGCCAGGCUGCACUGUACUACGCAACCAUAGACGAUGGCGAAUCAGCUAAUGACGAGGAUGAAGACGACAACCAGGAGGACGACGACGAUGACGAUGAUGAUUAUGAUGAUGCGGAGAAUGGGUUCGACCUGUUCCUGUUCAUGCCAUUGGCAACGCAUGAGGGGUUUCUCGUCUCUCCUGACGGCCGUCAGCUCUUCUUUGCUCGCCUCACACUCUCUGGCCAGGCAAUAUCGCUGCUGCGGGAGAUUACUAUCAACAACCAGGGACCACUCGCACCACCUGCAGCGGCUGGGCAUCAGGGUGCUGGUUCAGGGUCUGCUGCUGACGUGGCAGGGACGAGUGACAUGGACAGUGAAACUGUGCUGCAUAAUCUUAUGGCUGAGGACGGCUUCCUGGAAGCUUCCUCCUCAAAGGGUUUCAAGGUGCGUACUUUCGCCGUGCCUUCGCCUCCCCGUCUCACCUUCCAUCCUCACCUUCGCAUCCUUUUGAACAUGUCCCUCUCUCCCUUUGAGUUCUCCUCACUCCUCUUUCCCCAAGCAACUGAAUAUAACACCAGCUCAUGUUUCCGUCCCUCCCUUUUCUUCCUUCUCCUUUUCUGUGGCCAGAUCACCAUAACCAACACCAACUCCAACCGCCACGUCAGCAUCCACGUGGGCCCCGCGUUUGGGGGGAAUGCGCGGGCCAGGGUGGAUGGGUUGGAAGUGUAUGGGCGGCGGAAGGAGGAGUUUGGAUGGGGGAAGGUGAAGGGGAAGGUGCUCGGGUGGUGGAGGGAGUGGAAGGGGGUUGUGGAGGAGGAAGGGAGGAGGGCGCGGGAGAGGGAGCGGGAGGUGGCGGAGGGAAGGGAGAGGGAAGGGAAGGAGGAGGAGAGGGGGGAUGGGGAGGGGGCGGAGAGUGGGAGGGAGAGUGGGGAGGAGAGGGGAGAUGGAGGGGAGGGUUUGAGUGUGGAGGAGGAGAGAGAGGAGCGAGUGGUUGGGGAUGCUUUGGCGGUGCUGACUGGGCUUGUGGGUGGUAUUGCUGGGGAGGGCAGGCAGCAGGGGAAGCAGCACGCAGAGCAGGAGUUAGAGCGACUGGCAGAACAGCAGGCAGAGGAUGGACAGAAGGGAGAGAAGACACAGGUGGAGGGGCAGGAAGGGAAGGUUUAUCUGGGGAAGGUGGACUUGGGGAAGGUGCAGCUGUUGGGGGAGGAUUUGCUGAAGGAACUGCUGCAGGAGGUGUUGAAAGGAGGCCCGGAGGAGGAUGAGAAGGAGGAGCUGGGAGGCCUUGUGGGACAUGGUGGUGGUGGUGAUGCUGGCAAAGAGGCCACGGGAGAUGGUGUGGGCGAAGGGGGCAUGGCACAGUUGCUGCUGGGCUUGUGCCGAUCGCUGCAUCAAUCGCGGGCUGAUUUCGUCGAGGCGUGUGAUUCAACAGAGCUGUCUGUAGCCUCAAGGACACAGCCCAACCAACGGGCACAUUCUCUCCAGAGGCACAUAGACGCCAUGGCGCACAUCGCACUGCUGCGACCCUCCAGCAUUCGCCACUUCCUCUCUUCCACAGCCGUUACAGGCAUCCCUACUGGAAUACCUGCAGCUGUCUUUCCCCUAGAAGCUCUCCACAGCCGAUUUCUCUCAGCGCUGCAGGCUCUGGAGGAGGGUGCUGCAGAUGGGACAGCAGAGAAUGCCGCUGGCAGGGGUGCUGAUGGCGAGGGGAUGGGUGGGAACGAUUCAGAUGGCAAGGGGAUGGGGGAUUUGGAUGCAGAUGGGAAGGGGUUAAGGGAAAAGGAUGUUGCAGGCGGUAAGAAGAUGGGGGGAAAAGAAGUAGAUGGCAAGGAGGGGUCUGGUGGACGGGAUUCUGCUGGGGGCCUUCUCCUUUCGUCUGAUCCUGCUGUUGCAGAGGCGUGCUGGAUGGCUCUCUGUGCUCUCUUCCUGCCGCCGCCUCCCCUCCCAUCACCGCCUCCACUAUCCUCGCCCCGGCCGUCCAUGCAGCAUGGAACAGCAGCAACCAACGUGGUUGACACACGCAGCAAGCAGGCAGCAGCAGCAGCAGCAGCAGCAGGAGCAGGAGGAGCAGGAGGAGCAGGAGGAGACGCACCUCAAGGCUCAGCAUCAGACGGUGCCAAUGUUUCUGGUGUCAAUUCUGAAUUUGGCGCAGAUGGUGCUGCACUUGGUGCUACGGCUGGUGCUGCUGGGUUCGGGUCCUACGUGGAGAGUGGGUUGGUGGAAGGGGGGGAGGGCUCAGCGGAAGACAUGGAUAUAGACCAAACAGACAUCAAUCACGGAUUUGGUCACGAGUUUGAUCAGGGCAUAGACCCGCAGCUGUCGGUGGUGCAGUUCUGCUGUGACUCCUGCGGCGUGUGCCCCAUUCAGGACGUGCGCUCUCACAGCAUCUCACACCCAAUGGUCUCCAUUCCCAUUGAUCCUGCAGCAGAUGGCCUGGGGGAGGACGGAGGGGUGGAGAGGCUUAUUAACCGGUUGGGGUACGGCUUUGGUGGGGAGUCUGGUGAGGAUGGUACUGCUGGUGCAGAUGGUAAUGCUGGUGCAGAGGAUGGUACUGCUGGUGCUGAGGAUGGUACUGGGUUGGAUCCUGGCGGGUCUAUCGGUGGUGCAGUUUCUGAUGGUGCUGCUGGUUCUAGAGCACUUGACCACGCUGCUGGUUCUAGUGCACUUGACCACGCUGCCGGUUCUAGAGCACUUGACCACGCUGCCGGUGGUACUGGUGUGGAAUUGGGAGCUGGUUCAGGGAUUGGGGGGCCAGGGGUGGAGGCGGAUAGAGGGGUGAAACAGCAGGAGCAGGAGCAGCAGGGGGCUGAUAGGGUUGAUGGGGCGGACAAUGUGGAAAGCACAGGGAAUAUGGUGAAGGAUGGAGAGGAGGAGGAGGAGGAGGAGGAGGACGAGAAGGCGGGAGAGGGCGAGGUGGGAGGGAGUGAGGAUGCGUAUGAACCAGGUGGGUCGGGAGGUGCUGCAGCAGCUGCUUUCCUCCUUCCCUCCUGGCUGGUCCUGCCCGCCUCAACCCACUCUCACUCCCCCCUCCCGUGA